CUACUUAAGGUGGGUCUGCUCGGAUCCUGCAUCUACUUGAGUAAAAGUGGAUCAGGACUUGUUGAUCUUCUUAUGAAUAUAUGUCUAGAUCAUUGCCGCGAAUACUUCUGAUUGACAUUCAAUAACGGAUUAUUGAAUGAGUAAUGAUUUCGGUAUUAUUAAAGAACGCGCUUACUUGGGUGCAGCUCUACUUUCAAAUCAAUUGGAAAAAAGUAUGUGAUUGAUGAUAACCAAUGCAAAGUUUUUUAUGAACAUUGCGAGAAUCACUGCGACUGGGUACCCGAUAGUUAUGUGUAGUUCGAAAAAUGGCAGCCUCCAUGGCUUGGAUGUAGAAUGUUUAAAGACAGUUUUAAAUAUUAUAAAAGUAGAAAUCCACCUCCGGAUUUAAAAGAUGUUGUUGAUUUUUCAAUACCAGAUCUGAACAAGGUUAGAAUCAUAACGACACAGUGUGUUGAAAAUCAACAGGGAGAUAAAUUAGGUUUGAAACCUAUAAAAGAAUGGAGAGUCUAUGAACUAAUUGACGUUCCAGGGCUGAUUUUUAUUGAAAAUCCGUUCACUGAAAUUGGUCAACAGUAUUGGAUACUUAAAUGUCUUAAAGAUUAUUCCAAAAAACCAAAUAAAUUAAAUUUAGAUAUACAUAAUGUUUUAAAUGACAAUGAAUCAUGGUGGGACAUUACUUUUGGGAAUCCAGAAAAAGGGAAAAAUCUUUUGUCCAAAUUAAGAUGGACAACACUCGGCUAUCAUCACAAUUGGGACACCAAGAAGUAUUCAGAAGAUUUGAAAACGCAAAUGCCUCUGGAAAUUGUUAAGCUUAUGGAUAUUUUAGCAGAUGCAAUUGGUUUUCAAGGUUUUAAAGCAGAAGCAGCCAUUAUAAAUUACUACAGAAUGAAUUCAACAUUAGCAGGACACACAGAUCACUCUGAAAUCAAUAUAGACGCACCAUUGUUUUCAAUAAGUUUCGGGCAAACAGCUAUUUUUCUUAUUGGAGGUCUCACACAAGAAGAACCAGCUGUAGCCAUGUAUUUAAGAAGUGGUGAUAUUGUAGUGAUGUCAGAAGGUUCCAGAUUGAGAUAUCACGGAGUACCAAAAAUCUUACCAACAAUUAUAAAACCUUGGGAAACAAAUAAUGCAAGUGAAAGCAAUACAUCCAUAUCAAAAAAUGUUGACCACUGGAAAAAGGCAAAGAUGUAUAUAUCAGAAGCUAGAAUAAAUAUGAAUAUACGACAAGUAUUAAAGUCUGGUCAGAUGACUUUAUAUUAAAAUGUACAAAAUAUUAAAAUAUGUGAUAAUGAUA